UAUGACAAAACAGAUGACGUUUCAAUCUGUCACUAAAUAGAAGUGAUUUUUAUUGAAAUGUGUUUAUUCCUAGUAUUUUAAAAUAUCAAAAAUACAUUUCUUAAUAAACAAACUAAAGUAAAAUUUAUAUACGUAUAAUUUUGUUUCGUCUAUAGUUGUAGCCUCAUAUUCAUAGGUAAUACCUAAAUACAAAAUGGAUCCAUUCAUAAUAGCAGCAAUAAUCAGUGCCAUAGUAAUAGUUUUAUUAUCAGUGGCAUUCCUACGUGUAUCUCAAGUGAAAACACCAGCUGGCGGAAGGCCUAGAGCUGUUGUCCAAAGAGAUGGAGGCCCAGGAAGAGUACAAGCAGUCAGGAACCAGAGGGCUAGGAUGAGAGCAAAUGCUGCUCGACACCAGGCAGCAUUGCUUGAGGAAGAGCCAGUCGAAGCUGAAGAAGUGGAUGAAGAAACUCCAGGUACUAGCCAGAAGGUGGACUUUGAAGAUAGAAUGGGGGCCAAGAAAAGAGCUAAACUUGAAGCUAAAAUGGAAAAGAAGAAAGUAAGAGAAGCAGAGGAACAUUUUAGAGAAAUAAAAAAGAAGAAAGAUGAAGAACUAGAACAGGAGAGAAAAAAAAUAGAAGAGAAACAAGAGGAAGAGGAAAGAUUGCGUGAGGAGGCUGAAAAGAAAGCUGAAGAAGAGCGCAAAAAGCGCGAGCAAGAGGAAUAUGAAGCUCUGAAGGCGGCUUUCACAGUGGAGGGUGAAGGAUAUGACGAAAACGAUGACCAGGACCAGGAGAGUCUGUUACGCGACUUUAUUGAGUAUAUCAAGGCACAGAAAGUAGUCUUACUGGAAGAUUUAGCUGCACACUUUAAGUUGAAAACUCAAGCAGCAAUUGACAGAUUAACAGAAUUGCAAGCUUCUGGUGAGCUGACUGGAGUUAUUGAUGACAGAGGAAAAUUCAUAUACAUAUCGCAAAAGGAGUUGGAAGCUGUGGCAAAAUUCAUAAAACAGAGGGGACGUGUGUCUAUCGCCGAACUAGCUGAAUGCAGUAAUGACUUGAUCAACUUAACGCCUGUCAGUGUAUCUUAGAUUUAACACUGUUUCGGAACAGCAUAUAAAAACUAGAUUUUAUGGGAUUCUUGAAUCCUAGUCAUAGUAAUUACUUUGUGUAAUUGUUAUAUUUUUGCUAUAAAGUUUAAUAUGUGAUUAUGUGUACAUAACUUUAUUUAUAUACAAAAACACAUUGUAUUAUUUCAACAGCAAUGGUUGAGUUUAAGAUAUGUUCUGCUUCUAAUUGAUCUGAAUGUGACCAGAUAAUUUCUCUGAAUAUUUGACCAGUUACACUUUUGGUUCUAUGAGUAAGCCAACAAUAAAAAACUUGAUAGUUGCAAA